GGACUUUGUAACGCCCGAACUGCAAACAUUGUAUAAUCAUUGGAAUGACGUAUCGCAAUCGUUCAUCAAAUUGACCAUGGUUGAAGGCCAUGGUGAUCUCUAGUUGUUUCCCUCCACCGAUGCGUGCAGAGCAAAACAUUUUCUACCUGCCAGAAUCCACGAUCUUUCUCUCAUCUAUUACCCAGUCCGAUUGCAUGCGCAGGCCUUCGAAACACCCAUCUCAACUAUGACACCCACAACAAACAACGUCGUUGUAAUAGGAGCAUCAUACGCAGGCUCCAGCGUCGCGCACAUCUUUUUGAAGCACAUUCAUCCUGAACUCCCAAAGAAAGGCGCCAAAUACCACGUCUAUCUUGUCAAUCCUUCGAGGACUUUUUAUCAUCGAUCAGCAUCACCACGUGCCGCAGCCUCGUUUGACCUGACCAAAAACAUCAAGAUGUUUUCUGACCUUCCGUCCGGGUUCAAGCAGUAUGAUCCUAACAUUUUCACCUUCGUGCGUGGCACUGCAACAGCUUUAGAUACGGCGCGCCGUUUGGUCAGAGUUGAUUGUGCUGAAGGUGAUGAGCUUGUCAUUCCCUACCAUGCUCUCGUGCUCGCCACUGGCACAAGCACAUACGCACCAAUUCUCAGCACCUACCAGACAAGCCUUGAGGAGCUACAAAGAACUAUCCUCGACAUGAACUCCAGGGUCAAAGCUGCCAAGUCCAUAAUUAUCGCUGGUGGAGGCCCUUCUGCCGUCGAGCUUGCUGGUGAGAUCGGAGAGUACCUCAACGGCGCAGCAGGCUGGUUCUCACAGCGACCAAGCAAGCCUCGAGCGAAAGUCACUCUCAUCGCAGGUGCCGGAAAGCUGCUACCGAUUUUGGGCCAGGGAUUCUCGGAGUGGGCUGAUUCUCUGCUCCAGCGAGUCGGUGUUGAUGUCAUCUACAGCCUUCGCACAAAAAGCACAGAGCAAGCAGCGAAUGGUACUACCCUUGUGCACCUAGACGAUGGUACGACUAUGGAGUGCGAUUUGUUCGUCCCGGCGACGGGUGUCAGACCGAACACAGCAUUUGUCCCCAAGACCCUGCUGAAUGAGAAAGGCUACAUCAAGAGCAACGAAAGCACACUUCGAGUUGAUGAAGCCGGGCCUCGCGUAUACUGUGUAGGCGAUGUAGGAAGCUACACCCGCGGCGGUCUGAUCGAUCUCAUCGAAGCCGUCCCAGCUGCAAUGACUAACCUGAAGCGCGACCUACUUGCCGCCCAUGAUGAUCCUGAUGCGAAGCCGACCGGACCUGACGAACUGUAUAAGACCAUCGCAGAAGAGACACAACUUAUUCCCGUUGGUCAAACCAGAGGUCUUGGAGCUUUCUGUGGGUUCAGGCUGCCCUACUUCAUGACCUACCACUUCAAGGUCAAGGAUUACUUUGAUUGUGGACAUGAGUUCGCAAGUGGCUCGAGAUGGGUAAAGACGAGAAUAUAGAACGUAGCUGGAGAAUCGAUUGCUUUCGUAAAGUUAGAAAUAGACAUGGCUAUUCCUGUGUACAUUCGAGAGCCAGUACAUCAGUCAUCCUGCUUCAUGAUAUCCU